AUCAUUACAACUGUUUCCCGCCAUUUUGAACUGCUAAGCGUUUGGCGGGACUGUUGGCAUCAUUAAAGGCGCGAAGAGGCAUAUUUACAUGGAUUUGCGUCACAAUUCUGUGGCAGUCCACAUCUGAAAUGCAUAUAAAACAGCUUAUAAUACAAGGUUUCCGGAGCUACAAAGAGCAAACCUGUGUGGAGCCAUUCAGUCCGCGUCAUAAUGUGAUAGUUGGCCGAAAUGGAUCGGGGAAAAGCAAUUUCUUUUACGCCAUCCAAUUCGUGCUGAGUGAUGAGUUCUCCCAUCUGCGCCCCGAGCAGCGUCAAGCACUCCUGCACGAGGGAACUGGACCACGUGUGCUCAAUGCCUUCGUGGAAAUCAUCUUCGACAACAGUGACAACCGCCUGCCAGUUGACAAGGAAGAGGUGUCGCUAAGGCGUGUGAUUGGCUCCAAGAAAGACCAGUAUUUCCUGAACAAGAAGAUGGUUACAAGGACGGAUGUCAUGAACCUCUUGGAGAGCGCCGGUUUCUCGCGGAGCAAUCCCUACUAUAUAGUAAAGCAGGGCAAGAUCAACCAGAUGGCCACAGCGCCAGAUUCACAACGGCUGAAGCUGCUGCGAGAGGUGGCGGGCACACGGGUGUACGAUGAGCGGCGCGAAGAGAGCAAGGUGCUGCUGCGGGACACUGAGGGCAAGCGCUCCAAGAUUGAGGAUCUGCUCAAGUACAUUGAGGAUCGGCUGCAAACGCUCGAGGAGGAGAAGGAGGAGCUCAAGGAGUACCAGAAAUGGGACAAGAUGCGCAGGUCUCUGGAAUACACCAUUUAUGACCAUGAGCUGAAGGAUACCAAAAAGAAGCUGGAAGAACUGGAAACACGGCGAGAGUCCAGCAGUUCAGUGGCUGAGAAAUUGCGUGAGAACCUGCAGAAUGCGGCCGAAAAGAUAAAG